AUGGGCUCCUCGGACGGGCUGCAGUACCGGGCUCUGUACGAGUACCAGAAGGCCCGGGAGGAGGAGCUGGCUCUGUGCCCCGGGGAUGUGCUGACGGUCAGCAGGGCCGGCGACUACAAGGAGGGGGACGAGCGCAGCCCUCAGGGUUGGCUCCACGGCCUCAACGAGCGCACCAAGGAGCGUGGCAACUUCCCCGGCACCUACGUGGAGUACCUGGGUCCUGUACGGAUCGGCAGCGCCGGCACCAAGGCCAGGCCACGGCCCGUGCCCCCACCGCCCGCCGGGACCCCCACAGCCCGGGGUGAGUGCUGGGAAGGGCUUCCUGGGCAGGCUGAGCUCCCUGAGCACCCCCCUCUCCCUGAGCAGGCGCUGCUGACUGUCACCAGGCUCCUCGAGGCACUGGAAAAACAAGGUCUUGACAGCGAGGUGCUGUGCAGGGCCAGCCCUGGCGUGCUGGGGGAUGCUGAGCUGAAGCAGGCUCUGCUGGCAGAUGCCUCGGCCGUGGACAUGGACCUGUACGAUGCUCAGACACUGGCAGAGGCCCUGAAGUGGUACCUCCAGGAGCUGCCAUCACCCCUGGUCCCCACAGCCCUCUACAGUGACUUGAUCCACAUGGCUCAAGAGACUCCGGGCUUGGAGGAGUGUGGCCAGCGAGCCAGAGCCCUGCUGGCCCCCCCAGCCCUGCCCCAGCCCCAGGCACUGCUCCUGUACCAGCUCACCCACCACUUCAGCCGCCUCUGCCAGGGCACCCGCCGGAGCUGCCUCUCGCCCCGGCUCCUCGGGGAGUUCUUUGGGGAGCUGCUCUUCUGCCCCACGGCAGCCAGCGCCGAGGCGAGCCCCGAGCUCCGCGUCAGGAUCCUCGAGUCCCUCAUCGUGGCCGGCGAAGCAACCGAGGUGCCAGCAGCCCCUGCUCUUCCUCCAAAGCCCCCCAAACCAAUGACUCCAGUCAAUACAAACGGACUAAAGGACAAUUCCAGUUUCGCUUUGCAGGAAGCAGAGUGGUACUGGGGAGACAUCUCAAGGGAAGAAGUAAAUGACAAAUUACGAGACAUGCCAGAUGGAACAUUCCUGGUGCGUGAUGCAUCAACCAAGAUGCAGGGUGACUACACUCUGACGUUACGGAAGGGUGGCAACAAUAAACUGAUAAAGAUCUAUCACCGAGAUGGCAAAUAUGGCUUUUCUGAUCCACUGACUUUUAAUUCAGUGGUGGAACUGAUUAACCACUACCGCAACGAAUCUCUUGCUCAGUAUAACCCCAAGCUGGAUGUGAAGCUGAUGUAUCCAGUGUCUCGGUACCAGCAGGAUCAGUUGGUGAAAGAAGAUAAUAUUGAUGCAGUAGGUAAAAAGCUUCAAGAAUACCAUGCUCAGUAUCAGGAGAAGAGUAAAGAGUACGACAAGUUGUAUGAAGAAUAUACCAGAACAUCACAGGAAAUUCAGAUGAAGAGGACUGCAAUUGAAGCAUUUAAUGAGACCAUUAAGAUCUUUGAGGAACAGUGCCACUCCCAAGAGCGAUACAGCAAAGAGUACAUCGAGCGAUUCCGCAGGGAGGGCAACGACAAAGAGAUUGAGCGGAUAAUGAUGAACUAUGAAAAGUUGAAAUCCCGUUUGGGUGAGAUCCAUGAUAGUAAAAUGCGCCUGGAACAGGAUUUGAAGAAGCAAGCUCUGGACAACAGGGAGACUGAUAAGAAAAUGAACAGUAUCAAGCCUGACCUAAUUCAGCUCCGUAAAAUCAGAGAUCAGUAUCUUGUAUGGCUCAAUCACAAAGGGGUGAGACAGAAGCGAAUAAACGACUGGCUGGGGAUCAAAAAUGAAAAUAUUGAUGACACAUACUUUGUGAACGAAGAAGACGAAAACCUGCCCCACCAUGAUGAGAAAACCUGGUUUGUUGGGGAUCUCAACCGUAUCCAAGCUGAAGACUUGCUCUGUGGGAAACCUGAUGGGGCAUUUUUAAUUCGUGAGAGUAGCAAGAAAGGAUGUUAUGCCUGCUCUGUGGUAGCUGAUGGAGAAGUGAAACACUGUGUGAUCUACAGCACUCCAAGAGGUUACGGGUUUGCAGAGCCCUAUAACCUGUACAGCACGCUCAAGGAUUUGGUUCUUCAUUACCAGCAAACAUCCCUGGUCCAACACAACGAUUCCCUAAAUGUCAGGCUUGCCUAUCCUGUCUACGCACAGAUGCCCCCCUCUCUCUGCAGAUAAAUUUUGGGCAGGAAGAAAGUGGUGGCUGUCUUGGAUUCUUUUCUACAGUUUUUAUUAGAACUCGGAGGGCAUUCUUUCUCCUUAGACUGCUUGUUUUGCACAAGAAGUGAUUCUGUGAAUGUGAAUCAAAAAGAGGCCUAGCAGCAACAAGACGACAACUUGGGUGUAGGUGUCCUGGUGCUACCUUAAAAGCUCAGCUCUGCUUUUACACUGAUACUUUUGUUUCCUUAUGAGGGGAAUAAACACAAGGCAUAGAAAGAUACUGGAAGCAAAACAUGGUUUCAUGGAGAUAACUUUUUUUGCCAGGCACCUUCAGUGGAACUUCUAAUUGGAUUUUUGUUUUCUCUUGUUCUCGUAGAGACAAUUUGAAGCCUCUGUUUGAGGCAUCAGCAAUGUCUUUCAGUCUUAAACUCCCAAGAAACUAGGGGGGAAACUCUACCACAGCAAUUCUUCUCUGUUCAUUUUAGCAGCUUCACUGCGACUCAGCCGAACUUCCAAAAGAGAGCUUGUCUUGAGGUAGCAUGGAAUUUGGUGAGAGAAGACCAAAGGAAUUAUGGGAAAGCUUCAGGUUUUUAUUUAAAUGGGAAAAAAAAAAUAAUGCUUGUAAAGAAAAGUUGCUUUAUAUUUUUUGCCAACAGUAACAAAGUUUUGGUUCCAAGGGCACUACAGGUCUUCACUCAAAGGAAACGUUUAUAACCAAAUUGAACACACCAAGACUUUGUUGGUUGCUAGAUGGAGCACUUCUGGGGAAGGUUGCAUUAGCAUCCACACAUACUUUCUACACCAAAACUUGAAACAAAUAAAAGGAAAAGCUAAACAUUGUGUGGCUUCGAAACACUAAAUUUGUCUGAUCUGAUGUAAUUGCUGACUCUCUUCUUCCUUCACUCCCCUUCCUCCCGUUCCUCAGCUUGGGAUUCUGUGUUCAGUUUCUAACAAUACUGUGCUUCAGAAUGUAAACUCCAAGGAAGCUUGCACUCACCUGUUGCACUUCUCUUGCUGAACAAUGGCAGGCUCUUGUGUUUUGGUAUGUAGGAGGUAGGUGUGACUGAAUGCUUCCUGCUGGCUUAUUGUACCAGCUUCCCUCGCCAGGUGUGGCCGCGUCCCCUCGUGUAGAAGAGAGCAUGGGAACUGCAGAGCUCCCCUGAUUUGUUCUUUGCAAGCUAUAGGCUCUGAACUCCCACACCACUGCACCCAAGGGAGGUUUUUACACUGGCAAAAUCUGAAUUCCCUUGGAGUCAUUUGGAUGUGAUGCAAAACUCAGGAAGGGAAGGGAGCUGUACUCCUCACUUACUGAAUGUCAGGUGCCAUCCUUUGGCAAGGGCUGGAGUGGGUAGUCGUGGGCUUUGUCAAGUUUAGCCAAUCAGUCCCUUCCUGGAAAUGAUACAAAGCAGCUUAUUGCCAUUCCUUCAGCUUCUAAGAUGAAAAAGAGCUAAGUUUGGCAAACUGAACCGCUUGGCAUCAAAGCACAACUGGCAAAGUGAUUGUUCAGUGUGCAACCUUGAAGGACGACUUUUGUUCUGUUACUGGAAGCAGUUCCCUUGCAAUGCCCCCAUUGUGCAGGGCAGGAAGCAGACGGUCUGCAGGGCUGAGAAUGCUCUAGACCUGUUUCUGACCCUGGGGCUGAUUUCCUGUUCAAAUGGUUUGGGUUUUUUCCCUAUGAUUCCUAGGCAGUAGUGCUAAGCUUGUUCAUGUUUUGUGUUUACACUAGAAGAAUUAUUUUGCUGAAUGUCCUGAAUGUGUAGGCAGGGAAGUGACAAGGCUGGAGCAGCCUUUGCAGGAAGGAGAGGCUGGUUGCCUGGCCUGCCUGAGAGAUGGUUUAUUUUGCACUAAUGACCCUGAUGCAUCCCAGGCACUUUACAAUCAGUCAGAGCAUGAUCUUCGGGCAAAGAGUUCUGUAGAUACCGCUUGUCUAAUUAAAUGCAACACUGCAAAAGUGAGUGAGAGGAGAAGAAAAUUCAUGCAAGUUGCUAUAUCAGCGACCCACAUUUGCUCCUGGGUCCCUUCUCUCCCACUUCCCCAGGAAAGGGAAAAAUGAGACAUAGCCUUUGCUCUUAAUGGACAUGGAAAACGUUCUUUUAAAGAAACUUGCCCUGUCUCUGGGAUAAUUUGAAGUUCUAAUCUGGGAGCUGUAAUACUGUCAUUUUCACCUCUCUUGUGCAUUUAGUGUUUGCUUGGUGCUGGGAUGAGCCCAAAGGAGGGUAAUGAGUUGAAAGGCACAAGUGAUAGCCAGGUGCCUCAUGCCUCUGGAAAAAUCUGUGCAAGAGGAGGGUCUGAUUGUCUUUUCUGCACUUGCCAUCUCGCUGGGCUCUCAUUUGCAAUGUUAACAGCUGAGGCUGCUGAGGCUUGUAUUUCUGAUCCCCGUGUUUUUUGAUGGAGACAACCUGACUGAAGAGUUUCACAUCUGCCCUGGUUUUAGGUAGGGCUGAGUUUUGUUUCAAACAAGCGCAGGUCUGCUUUCAGGCUCAUAAAUCCUGGCACACCCUCCAGCACUGACAGCAGCGGGGUAGCAGAGCAGGGCUGUGUGAAGGCUCCCUGCACUGGAAUCUGACUAAUCCUGUGAGGUCUUGGUGCAGGCCCCGGCCCUGGCUCUGCCAAGGUAAAUACAGUGUAAUUCCACUGGCGUCCGUGAAGGUAGCUUGGCUUUGCAGUGGUGUGAGCAGUUGGGAUUCUGGCCUCUUGCUCUCCGAGAUCUCUUUGCUGAUCACAGCUGAUGUAUUUGCUGUGAGUGAUGUGCUGGGAGCCAAUAAGCCAUCUUGAAGCAUUCUGUGAAAUCCCAAAGCUUCUGAGCAGGGCUGUGGGCAGACUAAAGCCCACGUUCCUUGUGUUGGGCUCCCUUUCCCUCAGCAGUCUCUCCAAGGCUGUGCUCCGCCAUCAUCUCUCUCUGUGGUUGGUUUAGGCACCUGCAGUCCCAGCUGCUGUGAUUGUUCCUGGUGCCAUUGCACAGACACUGGCAUGGUGUGAUCCACAGGACAAGGGCACGGUCCUGCUGCUCAGCCUAGUUCUGUUUGCUCAGUGAGAGCUCAGUGAGUUAAGACCUGUGAGAAACACUGCAGCUUCCAGGAGCUGCUCUGCACUGAGAAACCAGAAACGGGCCGGUGAGGUGCAGGAUUCCACCCUGGCACGAAAAGCAGCUGGUGAGCCUAAAACAAACACAGGGAAUGUGAACGUAAAGGCACACCAAAGGAACCCCAGUUCUCUCAGAACAGCAAAGAUGUGAGGAGGUUUUGGAUUCAAGAGUCAAAACAUUGGGAGGACAGGGGGAAACGGUGUGGCUGUUGUUGCAGCCGUCUGUUGGCAGCCUGCGGUUAGAGGAGCACCCAGCUCCUUCACCCGUGUUGUAUUCAACAUCUAUGUAGAGUUCAACAACUUUUGCACAGUGUUAAAGGGGAAGGGGAGGGAUGCUGAAACUCAAAUAUGCACAGUUUCUUCUAAUCUGUUUGGAAGUAUAUUUGCAGGGAUCAGGGGUGGUUCAGUGUUUCAUGUUCGUGUGGGUGGAAACGAGGUCUGCUUCCACAGUUGCCAUUCGGCCCCUCGCCUCAGCCUCCCGUGCCAUGGGGUUGGAGUUAGUGAGCUCACAGUCUUUUCCCACUAGAUUCCUUAUUGAUUGCAAGUAAUCUUAGAAUGGGCAGAGCCAGCCUGCAAGCAGAGGGAUGUCCCAACAGACUCUGGUAUGAGGAGCAGUAAUAUGUGAUCAACCACCUUCUGAGACUGGGGUGCUCUAGAUUUGGGGGUUGUGAUUUGGGUUCAGUUCUCAUCAGCGGUGGAAUGAGUCACUGCUUUGCACUGUUGGGAGUUGCAAUCCAGACUUGUAUCCAGUACAGCCCUCUGUCGUAUGCCAAAAAGUAAAUGCUCUUUCCACGCUCAUCUCUCUUGAUGGUCAAGGAGUUUUCCAUUGAAUGUGGUGGGCCUGAUUCUUUUCUCACUGACAUUAGUGUAAACAAGACUUCCACAACCAAAGCCAUUCCCAGGGAAAGAGCUUGUAUUUAAUCAUAGCUGAAGUCAUGACAGGGGAAAAAAAAAUCACAGGUUAUCCUUUGUGAAGGCAGGUGACUGUAAUGAGGACUGUGGAAGCGAAUGUUGACAGGUGGUGCUGUUUUGGUGAGGACAGGGAAAGAGGAGGGUCCUGGUUGCCUCAAAUCCUGGGCUCUCUGCAGGCUUGGGUGGCCCUGGGGCCGUAACAACCCUAUAGCUGUUUAAAACAGCAGAAUUGCUUUAGGAGUGUCCCACCUUCCAUUUGGAAAAGCCCCUUAUUUGGUACUUGAACAAUCUCCUUUCUGAAUUUGAAUGUCUGUUUAUUUUCCUUUUAAUUUUCGUUACAGUAACAGGGAAUAAAAAGCUGCAAUGUCAGAGUCCUGUAUGCUUGCUGCAUUGUGCAGACACCAAACAGGUACUGCUCGUGGAUGGGGAGAGGGGAGAGAGGUGCAAAACGCAGCGCUGGGCUGGCUUGGGGCUUGUUUUCUUCAGAGCAUGUUUAAAAUCAGAUUUGAUGAAGUGCAGUUUCCUUAUGUUGAUAUGCAACCUCAGCAGGGUCAAAAUAACACUCCCAAAGAACAAAG